AUGUCAGAAUGUCAGAAUUACAGAAGUCUCAAUGGCCAUGACCGAAAGAUUACGUACGGCAAUUACUACAGUUAUUGUGACAGUGGAAUCGGCCCUGCAUGGUUCCGUUUCGAAGGGUCUGCUGGUACAAGAAUGUCAACUUCAUGUACAUCUAUGAACAGGUGUAACACUCAUAUAACCGGCUGGAUGAAUGGUGGACAUCCCACUGCAGCAGAUGGUCAGGUCACCAGGACGGCGUGUUUUCACUAUUAUUAUGGCUGCUGUUAUUGGUCAAGAAGCAUCAAAGUGAGAAAUUGUGGUUCAUAUUAUGUGUACUAUUUAAAUGGUGUACCCACUUGUAAUGCCCGUUACUGUAGCACUUCCUGA